GUAUUUUUAUUAAAAUGUGUCUCUAUCUACCAGACAAUUUAUAGGUCAGAUUCCGUCCCCUUCAUACGCCUUAAACCAGAGUUCUCACCAGCUAAAAAGAAAACGCACCGAGGCAAAGGGAACUGCGUUCAACUAAUAGAUGGCUUUCUCUAUAAGUUUAAGGCUGACAUUAUUAGGUUGAAGUCUAGGCAUUCCCGCAGAAGUCUUGUGUUGUUAGUCACCUAGCGGUAUGGAAGAGCCACAACAGAGCAAAGUGAGACUCAAGUUCAAGAGGUUUCUCUUUAAUGGAGGACCAUUGAUGCCACAGGGCUACCGUUUGGCAACAGUUGAAGAAAUCGGAAAGAAUAUAGACAUUUCUAAAAAAUGGGAACUGCCCGUGAAGAAGAUUAGCCCUUUUUACGAAGAGCGUCGUGGUAAGAUACGUCUUUUGGACGGAUGGAUGAAUGAUGAUUGUAAUGCUCUCCACGAUACAGCCGAUAAAGACUGUAUUUGGAACGCUGUGGUUAAGGGGAAAAAGUGGGAUGGAAGUGCAAAAAAAUGGCAGAACUGCUCAGAUUUCUACUCAUCAGAUGGUAAUUCGUUAAGAAAAAAACUGUAUGAUGGAAUCAAUCUUUCUCCACAGGGGAUAAAAGUUGCAUGGCUCCACGCUUACUAUUAUGAAGAUGUGGAGCUGCUGUACUGGUUGUGGCGAACUUCCUCACAUCCAAUCCCGUCAGACUCUUUCACAUCUAUCGAUGAUAGUAUUCCUUUGAGGAAAAUAGUGAGGCAAUUAACGUCUCCUGGGCGCGAAUUGCAAAUGACAGAUGAGAGGGAGGAGACCGAGGCAGUUUUAAGAAAUGCAAGCGACCAAUCCAUAGAUGGCGCUGGGCUCCCAUAUGUGUAUGGACCCACCUGGGGUGUGGCUACGGUCGAAUUAGCUAUAGAGAUAUACGGGCAGGCCUUCAAGGAAACAGCCUCUAUAAUCGCAUUCGAAAACGCAAAAUGCGUUCCCAUAACCACAAAGUUAUUGGCUUUAUUUCCAGAUCAACUGCUAAACAAUAUUAACAAUCUUCAACUUCCCGUUGCAGAGGUUUUCGUUGAGGCAGUUAAGAGAGGAUACACAGAAUUAGUCAAUGGUUUGUUAAAUAGCGGGAUUGUUGAGCUCCCAGAUGCAGUCGGCGAGGAAGAAAAGACGCUGUUCCAUUAUGCCUUGCCUCAUGGACCAGUCUUUUCGCUACUUGCAAAAACAUAUGACAAGUCAUUUGAAGAUAUCAUUAUAAGACAGGAUAUACUAGGAAGGAACGUUCUUCAUUGGGCAGCAAAGAGAGGUUAUGACUCAGGCAUCGUGGAUUGUUUACCACGGCGUUUUACUUUAAGGGAGCGCCUAAUUAAUUCAAAGGACCACCAAAGGAGGACGCCAUGGCACAUUGUUGCAUACAAAGGGGAUAUAGGAAUGAUGGAAAAACUACUACCUCAUAUUGGAAGUCGCGACUCUCCAAAAAGAAUAAACUACAUUCGAGCAACUGAUUCCUUCGGUAAAACAGCACUUCAUUUAGCAGCAAGUGAAGGCCAUGCAGAUUUAGUAAGGAUGCUCGUAGAUGAAGGGUCCUGCCUGCUCAAGGAACGUGACGGUCAGAGAAAAACAGCUUUGCACCAUGCGGCUCAAGUGAAGAUUCCCAAAGCAGGACGUGCCACUUGCGAAGCGCUGUUAGAGCAUGCUAAUCUAACUAGUUCUGAGCGCUCACUUUUGUUGUGGGCCUCUGCAACUGGGAUUGGCACUGCAGACGAGAUGGAAGAUGUGCCUGAUGAUGUUAAAAACUAUCUUCAAACCAAAAAGCUAGAAGACACAGAACAUUUGCUACGAGCAGCGGCAGUUAAUAAUAAUGUUGAGAUGGCAUGGGAGAUUCUUAGUAGAGGCGCUAGUAUAAAAGACAUUCAUGAUACAGCUUGGUCAAGCAGAUUGCAGUCACAAAAAGAAAAAGAGUCCGUUGAAGAUGUACUAAGUCAACUGGAGCAUAUAAAAGAGCAGGGACGAGAUCAACCGAGUAUGGAGGAUAAACUUGGAAGAUAUGUCUUUGCCCAAGGUCUAGCUGCUCUGUUUUUAAAUCGAUUUAUUGAAUCCCCAAUCACAGUGGGCAUUUCUGGAGAAUGGGGCAUGGGAAAAUCCAGUCUCAUGAUUCAGACCGAAAAGAUUCUAUUAAUUACAGCAGCUCAGCUAACAUUUCCAAAUCUUCUUCCACCGGAGCAAUUUGUUGGAGUUAAAAAAAUCUCCCUUAGUACAAGAGGCAGAAAAAUAUAUCAACAGAUUAAUAGAGGGGUUCACAAUUUAUUAGAUCUAUCAAAAAAUGAAUCCAAAAACCAGAAUCCGCUUGCAACUCUGCUCAAGGAAUAUCAACAUCGAUAUCAUGAUAUUUAUAAGGCACUCGCAUGCAUGGAUAAUAACCAGAUGCUACAAUCAAGCUCAGUAUCACAACAACAAGAACAAGAACAUGCAAUGAGAGAAGUCCCCCGAAUUUUAACAAUUCGAUACAAUGCAUGGCACUACAGAGACCAAAAUGAAGCUUGGGCAGGUCUGGGAGUAACAAUCAGUAAAGAAAUUGAGAAAGCAAUGACAAGAGCCCAAUGGAUGAGUACUUGCUGGAGAUAUACUUGGGCCAGACAAAAUGUGAACAUUUGGUUUCAAGUAAUUUUACCUUCUCUGCUCAGCAUAUCUCUUGCCUUAUGGGUUGUUUUGAUAGUCUGGAUACUACUCAAGCAAACAAAAUUCCAUGCUUUAAUGUACGGAUCCUUACCUUUAACUUUUGUAGCUAGUCUAUGGGUUGUAUUUAAAUCAGUUAUUUCUGUUGUCAAACCCGUGAGCAAACAAAUGCUGGGAUAUGUCACCUCACCAAACCAUACAGAUCACCUUGGCUAUCAAGAAGAUGUUAUUAAUGACAUCAAUUUCUUGAAGAAAGAACUUGGAAAACAACCACAUUGGUUUUUCUCUUUCAUUUUAGGCCUAUGGUGUGGGAACUGGUUUGGUUUAUGUCCUGACAACAUUGAAAAUACAAGUAUCCCCAAAUUCAUGCCAGCCUUUGGACAUGACAUUCGAAUAGUGACCUUUGUGGAUGACUUAGAUAGAUGCGAAGAAAAGGUCAUAUUACAGGUGCUAUCAGCAAUAAAUCUGGUCUUAGCUGAAUGCAAAAUCAAUAUCAUACUGGGGAUGGAUAAAAAAAUGAUUGAAAGAGCAAUUACAAGAAAUUUCCAAGUUGCUGGCGAUGAUCUAGCGGAAAAGUUUAUCCGUAAAAUUAUUCAAAUCCCCUUAAGCUUGCCAGAUCCCACAGAUCAAGAAUCAAAUAGCUUUUUAGAAUACCACUUAAGACAUAAAAUUCCACCAAAAUAUAGAGAAAAGAAGAGUGUUUCCAAAAGCCAACGUGGUCUAGUAGUGCCUCUAGAACCUCCAGCAGAGAUAAAUGGUGCUCGAAGGGAAGCGGAAAAUGAUGCUAGAGUGUUAAAUAUACAUCCAUGUGAUGAAUUGACACGAAGGUGUAGAGGAAUUGUUGAAAAAACAGUGGACUGGUUGAUGAAGCUUAGACAACCAUACGAUGAAAGUCUUAAUUCAUUGAGAUCUGCAGAAGGUGUAAAAUUAAUUAGAGAAAUAUUGCUGCCAAAUUAUACGCAAGAAGAAGCUUAUCUCUUUUAUGAGUUAAGGAAUUUUACUACAGGAAACCAGAAACUUCCCCGAGAGUGGAAGUGCUUAUUAAGCUAUCACAAAUUUGCAUGGUAUGUUCUAUCCCUAAUAGGAAACGUAUACAGCUUACCAACAUGGAAGGUGGAAUUGGUUGGAUGGGUAUUUGUUUGUUGGCAAUGGAAAUAUGAAAUGAACCAUCUAAUCAAGGUAUGGUACACAAUUGCUGUUGAGCAGGAUAAUGGUAGAAACAGAAGACGUUCACAUGGGCCUUCACUUAGUGAACUUGUUACUAGCUGUAUGUCUCAAUUGACAAAUUCAGAAGGUAAUGUAAAUAAAAAAGGUUUCAAUAAAAACAAUAAAAAUGUAAAUAAACAAGGUAUAUCCCAAAAAAAUUUGUCAAAGUUACAAGAGGCAUUGAAAAUUCAAGAUGUUUCAAUGGAAGGUAUUCAAUUGUUUCAACAAUUUCGACUUCACUGCGAAAUUGACCAUCUUCCAUGGCCAUCUAGGUGAUCAACAAAAACUCUCUUUUAUGGCAUAUCAUAUCCUAUUAUGUAACGAAAGGGCUGUAAUGCAUCCUCAGUCCUCACAAAACACUCAUAUGUUGAAGAUGCAUGAUCAAUGCACUGUUUGCAAUGUGCAUGAUCGAUGCAUGUGUAAUUAGUUUUUAGUUUUUUUGUGUUUUGUUUUAUUUCUAGUAAUGCAAAUAAUGCAUGAUAAGUGCAUGAAUGCAUAGUUUAGUUUUAAGUUUUAGUUUGCUGUUUUUCAUAAUAUUAAACAGCCAAUUUACACCGAAGGAUUGAUAAUUAUUUUCUUUAA